UGCCCUUUUUCACCACAUUCUGGUGUGCAAAGAUUCAAUUCCAAUCUACCUAUAAAGCUUAUUCCUUACACGUCCCUUCUUUCUCAUUCUCGUCUCAUAGUAGCAAAUACUACUACAUCCCAAACCCAAAGGAAGUGCUCAGACAGAAUGGAUAGAUUCACAGCUGCUUUGAUCCUACUUUCGUGGCUUUCUUUUGUGACCAUGAAUGCUCAAGUCCCCGAUUAUAUCCAAAACUUCACUUUGCUCGAGUCUGCUGUUGCAAAGGGAGCAGUUUGUUUGGACGGAAGUCCACCAGCAUAUGCUUAUGUUGAGGGCUACGGUAGUGGAUCUUCAAACUGGAUUGUUUACAUGGAGGGCGGUGGAUGGUGUGAAUCACUAAUGGACUGUAUAAAUAGAUCAAAAAAGUAUCAUGGAAGCAGUAAAUAUGAAAAUGACACCAACUUUGUUGGAAUACUAGACUCAGACUCUCAAUUGAACCAAUAUUUCUACAAUUGGAAUAAAGUCUUUAUUCAUUACUGUGAUGGCUCAGUGUAUAUGUCGGACAUCAAGAAAGUAGAUCCGAGUAACAACCUCACAUUUCGAGGUGCGAGGAUAUAUCACGCUAUGAUGGAGGAGAUGCUUCACAAAGGAAUGGGGAAUGCGCACAAUGCUAUCCUAUCAGGUGGGUCAGCAGGUGGAUUGAGUACAAUUCUACACUGUGAUAGAUUUAGAUACCUCUUUCCGAAUACUACUAGAGUAAAGUGCAUAUCCGAUUCUGGUUUUUUCAUCCACGGGGAAGGUGCAUUGGCAAACAAAUCUGGACCACAUUUUGCUCAUGUGAUUGAAACACAUGAACUUGGUGCGUUAUUGCCUAAAUCAUGCACGUCUAAAAGAGACCCCAAUUUGUGCCUCUUCCCAGAGUAUUUGAUUGAAGAUGUUUCCACGCCACUCUUUUUAGUCGAAACCGCUUUUGAUUCCUUCCAGAUUAAAUACAGCUUCAAGCCAAAGUCGAUACAAUGGGGUCUUUGCGAGUUGAGCUUGGAACAAUGUAAUUCCCAACAAAUAAGAAUCAUAGAAGAGUUUCGACCUAUUGUUCUCAAAACAUUGAUGAAACUUGAUAAGUCUUGUAGUAGAGGGGUGUUUGUUGAUUCAUGCUACCUUCAUGGCCACAUUGCUAGAAGAUCAACUUGGACGCGCUCACCUCUAGUUCGUAAUACUACGAUGGAACAAGCUAUUGCUGAUUGGUAUUUUGAUCGAAGUCCAUUCCAAGAAAUAGAUAAUAAUGCUUCACCGCAAGUUUGUCCUCAUUCGGACCCAUAGAUGACAACAAAAUAUGUCUUGCUCCUCCGAACUAAUAUAUACUCUUGUUAAUUUUAUUUCACAUUGUUAUCUCUAUAUGUCUAGAUAUUUUAAGAUGUAGGAAAUUGGCAUAUCAUGUAACGGCUCGUACGUGUUGGAAAUGAGGCUGGUUUUGAUGACCAAGAAUCAGCCACACUCAAUGAAGCUUCAAGUCCUUAUAGCAGAAACGGUUAAGGGGAAUUAGUUAUGAGGAGCUAUCCGUUAUUUCAGUUACAAGAGCUGAAUUGGAGUUGAGAAGCUUAGAUAUAAAAGAGCUACACAUCGGAUAAAUAACACACAAAGAGAAUUCAAGAGAAGGAUUCAUCAAGAGAAGUCGAGUUUUCUUCUUUGAGUGAAUUGAGAGAGUUGAGAGAAACACUUGUAUCAUCUAGCUGAAAUUGCAUAUUUCUUGAUUGAGUUUUCAUAGAAUAGAUUGCUUGAGGAUUAGCCAGUGUUGGUGAGUGUGCAGCUCGUUCUUGAGCUUGAGUGAUGCCUUGUAUCUGUUCCAAAACCGUGAUCAAUAUAACCUCCAUCUUCUCUCUUGGAUGUAGGCUCAAUGAGCCGAACCACGUAAA